UUUUCGUGUUAGGAUGCAUGGAACAACAACAAAACACGAUGAGUUGGAUUACUUGUAAAUAUAGCUCGUACUAUUUGUUAAGUUAGAAAAUAAGAUGUUACAUUAACAUAACUAAUGUUUUAAAAGUUUACCACUAAAAGUUUAUAAUUAUGUCACUUGCUAUAUCUGAAUUGUUUAACCUGAAAAGAUUUUCAAGUUUUGGGCCAUGUACUGCAAUAUUUUUCUUGAUUUAUAUUCCUAUUGGAUUAGUUCUAUUUGCAUUACGCAUAUUGAUUUCAUUUCAAUAUUUAUUCUUGUUAUCAUUAUUACCUAAACAUUGGAUGGUUAGAAGAAUAUUAAUGCGAACAUAUUGUUUUUUCAUGGGCCUUGUUGUUACAUCUAGUAAUUCUAAUCACAGAAAUAAUGGUGCAAAGGUAAUUGUUUCUAAUCAUAUUUCAUGUUUGGAUAGUAUAGCAAUUGAAGCAAUUAUUCCAACAGUUCGUAUUUCAAGUGAAUCAAAUUUGCCAACUUUAUUUAAUUGGCUGAUGGGAUAUAAAGGUUUCAAAUUGUCAAUGAAAUCUGAGUUCAAAGAAUUUUUAGAAGCUUCAAGUAUUCCAUUCUCAUACUUUGCAGAAGGUGAUAUUGCUUGUUCAGAUAAAGGAUUGCUCAAGUUCUUAAAAACGCCAUUUGAAUUUACAGUUGGGUUGGUACAACCUAUUGCUAUUUUAUCUGAGCGAGCUUGGUUAUUUCCUGUCAAUGUUAGCUACAUUCACAGUAGUUUUUGGUCAGACAUGUUUUGGGUUUUAUAUUUUCCUUUUACACGAUUUCAUAUAAGCUUUAUGCCAUGUUGUCUCAUUCCAGAAAAUAAAGAUGAGCUUGAAGCGUUUGUGAAAAAGAUACAACAUGAUAUGGCCUUUGUACUUGGUGUGACUGCUACAAAUUUCACUUCACAAGAUAAGAAAGAAUUUAUCAAAAGAUUAAAGCACGAGGAAGAAGAAAAGGAACGCCUAGCAAGCGAAAGCCAAUUGAUGGAAAGUUUGUUAAAAUCUUCAAACAACAGCCAAAUGGAUUUUGACUUAGCUAAAAUGGUUGAACAAGUUAAAAAUGUUUUGCCUCAAGUACCUUUGACAGUAAUAUCUGAAAAUCUGAAAACAUCAAAGCAUGUUGAUAAAACUAUUACCCAGCUUCUAGAUGGUUCUGUAAAAUAUACGCCUCUUAAUGAAGAUGAGCAAAAAUUUGAAAAAAGUCAGCAAGAUAAAAUUACAGCUCAUAAGGUUGUUAAAAGUAAUACGUUCGGAAAAUCAACAACUGCUCGUCACAUGUCUUUUCAAGAAAGAAAACGUUUAAUGAUUGAAGAAGCCAGAAGAGACUAUCUUGAUCUUCAUCCAGAAUACAGAUAAUCUUCCUUUAUCUCCGUUCAAGUCCUUUCUUGAUCUCCGUUCAAGUCCUUCCUUGAUCUCUCAUAAGAUCUUUCCGAAGACUUAUUAGGUCUUCUUUGAGUGCAAAUUAGCAUUUAGGUGAAAGAGGUAGUACAAAGACGAAAAACGGACGUUUUCACAUUUUUUUAAUGUAUCUCGUUUACUCUCGUUUAUUCGUAAAAAUUUGAAGUAAAAUAUAUUCUUUCAAAAAAUAGUAUUAUUAUGUAAACACGUUUUUUAAGAUGUCUUUAUAAUUUCAA